AUGGACGUUUCGUGGGACGCAGAUAAUUUCGAGCCCAAACUACCGACCACGUUGGCCGCCUCCAAAUGGGAAGGCGAGGACGAAGAUGAUAACGUCAAGGAGAGUUGGGAAGAUGAGGAAGAAGAGAAGAAAGAUGAGGAGAAAAAGGAAGUAGCACCUCCUCCCACUAAGCCCAAGAAGAAGAUUCAAGAUAAAAUAGCAGAGAAGGAGCGCUUGGAGCGCGAGAAAGCCGAGCGGCUGGCCGCUGAAAAGGAAGAAGAACUCACUCCAGAGCAGAAACUUGCUGAGAAGCUUCGCCGCCAGAAACUCCAAGAGGAGUCAGACCUUCGACUCGCCAUGGAGACUUUUGGUGUGUCAGAGACAGGCGGCGGCAAGCUAGACAGUUUCCACCCUACAAAUAAAGAAGAAUUUGCAGAGUUUGCAGAUCUUCUGUGCAAGAAGAUAAACUACUAUAAAUCCAAGGAUGAAUUUCCAGCGUUUGUCGACGAACUUGUUAAAAAUAUUGUCGUGAAUAUGCCCUCUGUGGAAAUAAAAAGGAUAAAGUUGACAGUAGACAAUCUGUACAUUGAAAAACAAAAGGCAGAGAAGAAUGAAAAGUCUAAGAAACCAAAUAAAGGCAAAGGCAAGGCGAAAUUAAAAGUUGAAGGUGACAAUGCCCACCUUAACCAAUACGACGCGUAUGGCAACUUCGAUGACGAUUUCGACGACUUCAUGUGA